CCUCUUCCUCAGUCAUAGCACUUUAGACUGUCCUGUGUUGCAGCUGUGUUUUUUCCUCUCUCAGGCUGAAAACAUCCUUCAUCCGCACCCAGGCGCAUAGAUUUCUUGCUACUGCUUGCAAAGGCAGCUUGAAAAUGCAGCAACACACCAGGACAUGACGUACUGGCUUCAAGAGCUUCAGCAAAAGAGAUGGGAAUAUUGCAAUAGCCUUGAUGCAGCUAAGAGGGUCAGUCGAACUUCACCUACACCGGGCGACUUCUCCAAAGGACUUGUGGCCAAAGACAAUAUUGAUGUGAAUAUCCUGCCUCCAAAUGCCUCAGCAGAGAGAGCCAGGAACAUCCUAGCAGUAGAGACGGCACCCACGGAGCUGGUGGGAGAACAGGCGGCAUGCCAGCCAGCCCCUGGCCAGCAGAGUGCCAUUAACUUUUCUCUCAAGCAGUGGGGAGCGGAUAUCAAGUGAGUAUUGUUUAUACUAAUAUGUGCUGUGUU